UCGCGCUGGGCAGGCAGAGAGUCGGAUCGUUCCCUUUGCGAGCCAGAGCGGCCGGGAGCAAGCGCGAGAGCCAGUGCGAGCGCGGGAGCUCGAGGAGGUGGAGGCGCGCGUCCGGACCAGUAGCUAGCAGCCCAAGGGGAAUCCAAGCCCGGCCAUGGCGCUAUCGAUGCCAGUGAACGGACUGAAGGAGGAGGACAAAGAGCCUGUUAUCGAGCUCUUCGUCAAGGCUGGCAGUGAUGGUGAGAGCAUAGGAAACUGUCCCUUCUCCCAGAGGCUUUUCAUGAUCCUUUGGCUCAAAGGCGUGGUGUUCAGUGUCACGACUGUUGAUCUGAAAAGGAAACCUGCAGACCUGCAGAACUUGGCUCCAGGGACUCACCCACCAUUUAUAACUUUCAACAAUGAAGUCAAAACGGAUGUGAACAAGAUUGAGGAGUUUCUUGAGUCAGUUUUAUGCCCACCUAAAUACUUAAAACUUUCCCCAAAGCACCCAGAGUCAAACACUGCUGGAAUGGACAUCUUUGCCAAAUUUUCUGCAUAUAUUAAGAAUUCAAGGCCAGAAGCUAAUGAAGCUUUGGAACGGGGUCUGUUGAAAACCCUGCAGAAACUGGAUGACUACCUGAACUCUCCCCUCCCCGAUGAGAUCGAUGAGAACAGCAUGGAGGAUGUCAAGUUCUCCACCCGCAAGUUCCUGGAUGGCAACGAGAUGACGCUGGCCGACUGCAACCUGCUGCCCAAGCUGCACAUCGUCAAGGUGGUGGCCAAGAAGUACCGCAACUUCCUCAUCCCCAAGACCAUGACUGGCAUCUGGCGCUACCUGACCAACGCCUACAGCCGGGAUGAGUUCACCAACACCUGUCCCAGCGACAAGGAGGUGGAGAUCGCCUACAGCGACGUAGCCAAGAGACUAACUAAGUAAAGCAGCCUCCGGGAGGGCGGGCCCGCCGCCUGCCCCCUAACCGAACACGCUUCUUAACAGAAUACCGCUCCUCUUCCUCUCAUGUAGAAGUCCUACUUUGCAUGAAUGUGCAGUUACUCAAAAUUAGGAUAAAGGAUAGACUAGGUACAGUAGCUAUCAAAAAUAUACACUCCUACCAAGUGUUGCAGUGGUCUUUUUUGGUGUGUUUUUUGAGCCCCAUUUCCCCCUGACCCCUCCAGUCUGUUGCGUUUGGGGACGCUCCAGCACAACAGUGUGUUCAUAGGUAUUUAUCACCUUUCAGGGCACUCUCUGUUUUGUCUGUUCCCUGCUGGCCAUAGUUACAAAGAAUUGACUGACCGUUACCUUAAAGUGGCUCUGGGAACUUCACGAGUCAGCCGCAGACUCUGACCCCGCUGUGUGAUAUAUGUAUUUGUGUGUAUUUGUGGAUGUGGGCUUUCUGAUUGUAGGCAGGGCUGCAGAAGGAGCCCCUGCCGCCAGCGGUUCCCGAGGAGGCUCCCUGCAGGGCUGCGGAACGGCUCGCUCCCUUUUCCAGCUCUUCCCAGUCUCGGUGCACAGAGAAAUCCUCUCUCCCCUUCUCCCCCACAGCAUUUGUUUCUUUAUUCCCGUUGUUACUCUCCGUACAGAGGGUUUGUAGGGAGAGCUGGUGGGGCUCGCUGUGCCCCGGUGGGAGGGGCGCCUGGGCCCGGCCUUCGAGCUGGAUCCCACUGGGCAGUUUUUGUCCCAGCAAGAGAGCCUGACGCCAUUGAUUUGGAAACAGCCCCGAGUUCUCCAGUUUGGUUGGAUGGAAGUAGACUUACUUUGAAGUGGCAAAGAACCUUUGCUCUUUUUGGGUCUUUUGUGAAGUUUUCUGCAAGUAAGUUCCCUAGUGGCCUAGACUCGGUGACUGGGAGGUAGAUCCUGUGAGUAGUGAUAGAAGCGCAGAGAUCAGCGACGUGAGAAAGCUCGGGGGGCCCCAAGGAAAGGCCCGGCUUGGCUGGGUUUGUGCCUCAAAGGGACCUUACCCGAAGUCCAGACCUGCCCAGCUGGGCCCAGGCUGAGCCCUUGAUAGGAGAGGGUCCUCGUCCCCCCUCAGGGACAUCCCUGUGGCCUCAGUCAGUGUCUGGGCGUGAGCGCAGCUGGAUAGUCGGGAGAUCACGGCCCUUCCGUGAAUUGUCUCACCGCAGCCACAGUGAAAAUAGCACCACCAUAGAAAUCCCCACCCCGUCCCCGAGAGGUCUUCUACGUCAGGGUCAGUCCCGUUCUCCUGAGGGAUGAAAAGCAAGGGGCUGAGCAGGGAGCCUUUGUAGCAUUUAUAGAAGCUGGCAGGAGUGCUGCUCCAGAGAAUAUGAUUAUGGUCAUAGUGAUUUGGUAACAGCUUUUUAUCUUUUAUAGAACUGAAGUGCUAUUUCUCCUAAGCUAUAUUGUGAGACUUUUUGAACCUACUGCUUAAAAUGGGAAUGCUUUUAUAUGCUAACAUUUCAUGAGCAUUGGCUUUGUGGAAACAGCCCGACUCUUUAAAGUAUCCUGCCUUUUUUAUUUUGUGUGUGUGUUCUACUUUACCUAAAGUUAACUCAGCGCAGGAGAGUAACAGCUACAAAAGGUCUGUUUUGUGUCCAUUUGGCUUAGGAAGAUGCCUUGGUCUUGCCUUUAUUAUCGGCCCCAUUGUAGAUCAAAUGUUGGCAAAUUUUUUUUUUUAGGUUUUUGUUUUUAACCCUUGUCUCAAAUACUUUGCAUGGAGACUUUUUCAGCUCCAAAAGGAAAAAACUGCAGAUCAGUUCUUGAGGACUUAGGAGACCCCUGUCCUUCCCUUGUUCCCUUGGUCAGAGGGAUGCAUCUCUACCUGGACACCAUCACCCUCCCUUACCCUCUCCUUUAAGUUAUGGCAUUUCUGUGAGUCGUAGUGGGUGGAGGAAACGUGGGAAGAGGAGGAGUCCAUGUUCUCUUUAGCCAGACUGAGAGCUGAUGGAAGGGAGAGAGGUGGUUCCCUGAGUUGCCUUGGCCAGAAGCUGUGAAUCCUUUGACGAUACUUUGGUAAAUUGGUCCCUGAGCCACAGCAGAUGCAGGCAGCCUGUCUCUUGCCUGUGGCCCCAGAGAAGUGUGGUGGAGAACUGGCCUAGAUUUGGGUCUCCCAGGGUCACUUCUGCAAACAGGAUGAGAAAACACAGACAGUGAGAGAGAGGGUACUGCUGGGAAGAGACAGCCCCCAGCCCCCUGCCCCAUUCCCUGUAUUAAAUGGCCCCUCCCAGUCUUUGUCAGCACCUCUUGCCCUCCCUUCUUCAGAGAACUUCCCUAAUUUGGUAUAAGUUGAGUCCAGAUUUCUCUACGUAAGAGCAUAGGUUUCAUCACUUUUAGCUCUUUGUCUAAUUAAGGACAUUAAGUAGUAAGGAUCUUUGAGACCAGGCUAAAUGAAUUCAAAGAAACAAAGAGAAAAUUAAAGGGCUGUUAUCCUUAACUGCUGCCCUUCAGCCAUAUGUCCAGCCCAUCUUUGGACCACCAGGGGGGCACGGUGGUGCUGGAGGAACACAGGCCCUGCGCUCCCUGCAGAGAAGGGGGUCCUGCUCAGGGCUCCUUUCUUCCCCACAUUGGGAAGUUGCACCAGAGCUAUAGGGAGUUGUUGGAUUGUUUUUAUUUCCACGUAGCUAACAUCCAUUUAGAAAUGAGCAAAAAAAAAAAAAAAAAGGCAAAAUUUAGAACAAAUAGCCAUUGAUUUUAUUUUGUACCUGUUUUGACAUCCAUCUCAUCUUGUGUUUGAGUGUGCUAAUGAACCAAUUUCUUGUACUAUUUAUACUCAGCAUUGAAUUCAAAGACAAGCAAGUUUGUCAUGCUUUGUCACACGAGUCAGCCCCUUUGGGGCCGAGUGAGGUUCCUGCCACCAGGUUUAUAUUUUUGCCAUGGAAAUGGUCUCAGCCCCUGAAGCCAUAGCAUUGGACAGAAUUGGAAUAUUUUCUGCAGAAUUACUUGAACAGUUCAAUGAAAAAUGUAUUGUAGUAAGCCUCUUGUCUUCCUUUCUUUCUGGAACUUCUUUUACAGAUAUACCAGUAUACUGCUGGCAGCUAUUGUUUAAAAAAAUAAAAUAAAAAUUAUAUUUUCACUACCAAACAA